GCGGAGAAGGGGGAAUGGGAGUGUGCGUUGUAAUCUACACAAGUGGGGGAGUGGAUGAAUUCAUUGCCUGGCAUGCCACACUAUUACCACCGUGGGAGCUACUGGCGUCAUCUAUCAACAGCCAUUGAGUCACAGCAGUAAUGAGCUCGCGCUCAGGAACCUGCACAAGACAGCUUACAGAUAGCUUAGGCAGAUUUGAAUGCAGCCACAACUGCAUUUGUCGUAGUUGCAAAUUUUUUGGCCCUCACCAUCCUGGCCCUGCAUUGUUGAGAGAAAGAGAGAGUGUGGCGGGGGAGCUUGGCGUGUCGUUUCUUUGAAGGGGUGUGGUGGUGGGUAUGCUUGCAGCAGUGGCGAAGCGCUGCUCUUGAUUCAUCGAAGCAGACAACAGUUAAUUGCUACAGCUCAUGGUUGCAAGCUCGCUGCUUGAGCUGACUCAGCGGGACGUCGUGGUCUCGACUCAGCGAUCUUCUGGUGUUUGAGAAGUUCUUGUACUUGCCGAGACUUGAGAGUGGGACGUACCAAUUGAAGCGUUGGCCGUGGUGGUUUAGUGCAUUGGAAUCGGCGGCUCACAAAGUUUUCGAGCUGGAGAGGGAGUGACAGUCGGAAAGGUUUCUCUCUGCUGCAGUGUGAGAUAGCGAGCGACUGAGAGAGAGAGAGAGAGAGAGCGUGAGUGUGAGAGUGAGAUAGCAGUAACCGAGCUUCUAGCUUGCGUUUCGAUGGCCCGCAACAGUGAAUCGAGCUUGUGGAGCUGAGGGCUCUUGAAGUAGGAGUUUUCGGACGUUCGGUGUGCGAAGGAGGUGACAUUUGUCUUGGUCGGAGGAGUUGAGCAUUUCCGCCGGCUCGGGGGGGAGGGGGCCUCUCUAAGAGUAUGCCACGUCGUCGCUUAGUGAUGUUGUGUGCACGCACACAGAUAACAUUAGCGCGUGACACUCAUAUCCUGCUUCCGAAGAGUGAGUCACUCACGUAAGUUGUGAUAGCUGUGUCAAGAGUUCUGCUUCAAAACGCCGGCUUUGGGCUCGAGCGCGUUGGCACAUCUGCACAGGGCAUUGACAAACUAGCUUCUCAGCAUUGUUCAGUAAUACUUGAUCAAGACUUCGAAGAAAUCGGAGACUUGUGAACGAUGCAGUACUUAGUGAUGAGCCGGGGGGACAAUUGCACCCAUUUUCACAGUCAGAACCAAGGGCAGACAGGACUGGGGAUGUGUACCGGCCCUAAUCGCAUGGAUUCAUGGAUGUUAACACAGGUGAUGCUCGCUGGUGUGGUCACCUUCUUGGUGUGGCAUGUGAUUAAGUACAGCAGAAUCAAAGGACCCAUCGUGUGGCCGGUUUUCGGCACCACGCCGCAAUUUUUGUGGAACCUGCCGCGCAUGCACGAUUGGACAACUGACAUGUUGGUGAAGCACGACGGGACCUACACCUCCAUUGCGCCCAAGUGCACUUGCUUGACCGCCGUCGCGACUUGCAGGCCUGAAAACCUGGAGUAUGUUUUGAAAACCAAUUUUGCCAACUAUCCCAAGGGGAGGAGCUUUACAUACCCCUCCCACGAUCUAUUAGGUCAAGGCAUUUUCAACACAGAUCACGACCUAUGGAAGAUGCAGAGGAAGACGGCGAGUCUAGAGUUCAGUACCCGCACUCUGAGGGACCUCAUGGUGAAGGCCAACCGAAGCUCAGUGGGGCAACGCCUCUUGCCCGUCCUUGCCGAUGUGGCCAGAAAUAGAGCUCCCAUAGACUUCCAGGACCUCUUCCUGCGCUACACAUUCGACAAUAUAUGCAUGGUAGGAUUCGGUGUGGACCCUGGCUGUCUCGCACCUGGCCUACCCACGGUGCCCUUCGCACAGGCCUUCGACCUCGCCACAGAGGGCACUCUUACGCGCAUGGUGGUACCUGAGAUUUUCUGGAGAAUCACCCGCGCACUGGGAUGGGGAAUGGAAGGCCGGUUGGCGAAAGCCAUCAACGUCCUCGACAAAUUCGCAAUGGAUGUGAUCACCGAGCGACGGAAAGAACUCGCCAUGCUCAAAACCCUAAAUGCCACCGACUAUCCAUGCGACCUCCUCUCGCGGUUCAUGCAGACCACGGACCAUGAGGGCAACCCCUACACCGACAAGUUCCUUCGCGACGUGACCACGAAUUUUAUCCUCGCGGGGCGCGACACCACCGCCAUCGCCCUCUCCUGGUUCUUCUACCUGAUCACGCAGCACCCCGCUGUAGAGGAGAAAAUCCUCCUAGAGAUUGGAGAGAUUCUUCGAUCUCGAAACCACGGCCAGGACAAAGAAGCUGCUGAUGACGACGCCACACGAAUCACCCAAGAAGCCUCCCUCAGCUUCGAGGAGCUGAAGCAGCUGAACUACCUCCACGCCGCGCUCUCCGAGUCGAUGCGACUCUAUCCUUCGGUUCCUAUUGACAACAAAGACGUCACAGCCGACGACUUUUUACCCGACGGCACCUUCGUCAGGAAGGGUACUCGUCUCAUGUACUCGAUCUACUCCAUGGGAAGGAUGGAUUCCAUAUGGGGAAAAGAUUGUAUGGAGUACAAACCCGAAAGAUGGCUUCGCAAGGGCGUCUUCACACCUGAGUCGCCAUUCAAGUAUGCCGUUUUCAAUGCCGGGCCUCGGUUGUGCCUUGGCAAGGAGCUCGCGUACCUGCAGAUGAAGUCGGUGGCGAGUGCCAUACUGCGAAAUUAUCAUGUCAAGCUUGUGCCUGGACACAAGGUCGAAUACAAACUAUCGCUAACGCUGUUCAUGAAAUACGGGCUGCGGGUUACGCUCCAUCCCCGCGUCACAGUUGCUUAUUGAGGAGGGGAGGUUAGGUGGGAGAAGACGACGGCAUUAUGGGUAUGUUUGACCUACAAGGAGACUAGGUUGUGAGUGUAUACCCUUCCCCCCCUUAUUUUUCCUUUGGCUGCAAAUACCGAUAAGCUCUUGACAAAGUGGGUAGUUAGGGAGCUACUUCGGCAGAUUAUAGAACACAAUUUCUAAGGUUGAAGCUAUUUGCUAGAUUUAGGCGUUGUCUCUGUUCUGAUAAGAAUUUCUAAGUGGUUGGCGCUGGCUUCGUCCGGGGCAUUGGUAUUACUUCAAGUGUAAAAAUGGCAAGUUGAAGAAACAGUGGCAUCCCCGACUAGGUCACCCGUUCGUGACAAUAUGAUCGAUUACUACCCAAUUAGUUGUGAUUCACUUGAGUGAUCAAAGAGAGAGAGAGAGAGAGAGAACGAGAGCGAGAGAGAGAGAGAUGUGAAUAAGGCUGUGGUGGGUGUCCGUUCACAUCCUAGCUGCCGUGGACAGCAGCAUUGUGAAAGUAGUCCUUGCAUGUACUCUAUGAAUAUAUACAUAUCGAUUACAGUUUAUUCUUUUA